GGAAAGGGUGGAGCCAGGAUCCACCCCUCCCCAGCCCUCAUUUAAGGGUUGGCAGGGGCAGGGGGGGUGUUUUGCUGGAGGUCCCUGUGUAACAAGCCUUUUGAAGGCAAGUUCUUUCCUUUAUUUUUGUGCUGUUGUAUUUGCACGAGUUGUUGCUUGCUGCAGUGUGGGAUUUUGCUGCUUUGCUGUUACUGCUGCCCUUUCUAUUGUGUUAGUGUUAAAUGUGGGGGGGAGUAGUCAUUCUUGCAAUUUGGAACUGUUCUGUGUUACUUGUCACUAGUGAUAACAGUAUGCAGACUGAAGAAGUACUUAAUUUUUUAAAUGCAGUGAAGUUGAAGCUUGUGCUCGAUAGCAUGGUGGUACUGAUUUUUGUCUGUAUUGUAUGUCUACUAGUGCCUGGUUUUAAAAGCUCAAAUGGGAGUAAGGUUCAGGACCAGGAAAUCAAAAGGUUUAUUUUUCAAUAGCAGUUGUAUGUGUAAGCCCUUCAGUUUCUGUUGGGGAUAGAAAAAAAAAAACAAACCGCACAAUAAUAACUGUAUGUUGAAAGAGAACAGUUAUUUAUUUCCCCAUACCUAAAUUUGUAGAGCGCCAGAAUAGGCAUGAUACAACAGUGUUGUGAUUUCAGGGCACACAAAGAGCUAUCUUUUAUGUACAAUGAAAUGUGGAACAUGCACAUGUAAAGGCACUUGUCCCAGCCCAUGAAACAAAUGCUGCAUGCCACCAGCUUGAAUGCGCUUGAACUGCGAGUACUGACAUCAGAGCUGAAAGAGUAAUCUGCUUGUCCUAAUCCUUGGCCCUCUGCUCUGCCCGUAGAGCAACAUGCCUCAUGACAUCCAGAUUUUACUUUGCAAUGUGGAAAGUGAUUUUUCAUCUCUAGGAACACCAGAGAUCUCAGAGUGUACAAACACCAAAAUACUGGUAAAUCUCUCCAGGCUUUUCCACACCUGCUCACCUCAACUGAUAGGAAUGGUGCAAGUACAUGCUUCUCUCUUUCUUCUCUGUCACUUUGCUGAAAGUUACACUGAAAAAGUAUUCAUAAGUUUGACUGUAAUAGAAUAGCAAUAGCAGUAGAAAUCACAUACAAAUAUCCAUAUUAUUCAUUGAUGAGGAGAGGGGGGAAAAAAAGCCCCACUUCCCGAACCAGUAUGAGUGGAAAGAAUAUGCAAAUUCGCUGUACUUCACAGGAAGCAUAGGAUAGAGGGCUCAGGAAGACAGAUGUGAUGAUUUCACAACUGAGAGAACAGUAGGAUGUGUUUGUUACCACAGCAGGCCCUGGUUUCAUGUGGAUGCAGAGCUCAAGCUAAUUGCAUGCUCCUAAAGAUUGCUGUUUAUCUGGAGACUGAUUUAAAGCCUGAUGAAAGCAAUGGCUAUCUACUCUGUUGUUAUGAAAUAGUCUGUCUUAAUUUUGAAUCCUUCUAAUGAUUGCUUCUUCCUUUUGUUAUUCUAAAGCUAACGUUUUGUAGUUUUGCACAAAUGCUAACACUUAAAGAUGACUAAAUAUAUUUUUUUUUCAGUGGAAAAAGUAAGCAGGGAGCUGCAUUGUACUGGUUCUAAUGUCAUACACAGGUGUUAAGAGUUUUCAUGAAGGACACAGUGCCAACCUGCCACCUUCCCUUCUACAAACCUGAAUCCCUUUUGUUACACAGAAUAUUUUACAGUUUUCUCAUAUGCUUUAAUUUUUGUGCCUGGUUUCUCAGUAGGUUCUUUGUGUUUGUUUUGAACUGUGUGUGUCAUUUCCAAAGGAGACAAGUGAUACUUUCAUAGUUUUCAUCUUAGCUCAGCUGAGUGUGUAAGAGAAAACUGUAUAACUCCUCAACUACACUCAGUACAUGACAAAGUACUUGACAACAUUUGAGGUAAGUACAUAAGAAAUUGAAUGUUAAUACAGCUCAGUUUCUUCAAAUUAAAUGAAUGGGUGUAUAAAUAUUUACAGAUAAAUGGGAGUUACUCCUCAGAAGCCCCAAACAAACAAAAAUUCCAGAUUAGGUGUUUUUUCAGGUCUGUUUUCCAGCCCUCCAGGCAGCCAUAUGAAUCUAGCACCUCAUCCCUUCUCUAAACUUUCUGGCUGCCCACCCUUUCUCAUUCUCAGUAAUUUUUGGUGAUGAUUUUUCCUCCUCUCUGACACAUUCUUUCAUUUUCUGGCCUUUGAGUGCUUUCUCUGGCAUGAAAACCUAUUGUGGACAUUUGAAUUCAUGUUCAUAUACAAUAUUCAUAAUUCAUAUUAAUGUACAAUAGCUCACUCAGUCCCCAGGAGGGAAUGUCUGAGAGGACACUGAAGAAGAUGACAAGAAGCAGGUUGUUGUAAUAGAAGGCUAUAAGCCUCAUAACUCACCGCUAUUCAUUGCAAAACCCCUGCCUCAAAGCAGGGAUCUGCAGUACCUGGGUUAAUGUGGACAACAUUAUGUGAAUAGUUAAGAAUGAUAUGGAGAAUCCUCUACUGUCCAGAUGUCCUUUCCUACUGAAACACUGUGUAGUCAGAAAUUUGACUGAAAUCUGUCCAAACCUUUCUGUUUGGCUUAUUAAAUGAUUUGUAGACUUUUCUCAUCUGACUAGUGGAUUAUUUGCUAUGAAAACUUUUUUUAACAGCUUUUACAGAGAGGAUGACUCUUGCUGUUAUGAGCUCCAUCUAUUCCAUCCAGAGUUGCUCAGAGCUGGAGUCGGAGCGUGACCCUCCUGUGGCUCAUGCUCUGCUUAUUACCUCCCAUUCUAGUCUGCUAGUAUUCCAGGCACAGUCACAUGUGAGGGGGACCGGUUUUCCUUUAGUCUGCAACCGUGUAUGCAACAGACUCAAGACGUUUAGUUCUGUGAGAACAAGUCUUGACUCAAACAGAUCAGCCAAGUGCUAUGUUACUUUGGCCAUGCUGUCACAUUCAGAUGCCUUUCAUGUACCCCAAAACUCUUACCAAUCUUGCUGCUUUGCUCUGUUAUGUCCAUUUUUACUUGCCUUCCGUAUAUAACAAUUGGGUAACGCAUCCCACUUAAUCGCCCUGUGCUCAUUGGCCUCAUGCUACUGACUGAUGAGUGGUACACUGUAUUCAUUAGAUUAUGAUACUGAUGCUUGUGCAUGUAAACAUACUUAAGUUGAAGACUUUAUGAUCUGGUUUCCCUGCUGUCUGGCCUUGAGCUUUCAUUUCUUAUAAUGCAUUGAUUUUUCAACCCAGCGUGACCAUAAAAACUGGGGAACUGCUAGGUAAUUGCUUGGGUAUACUGGUGAAGAAUCAGGAAUUUACUCUGUGGAUCCUUCAGGAAGAAGUCUUUCAGAGUGCUGAGAUGUAAAACUGUUGUCUUCAAAAAAAAUAAACAUGUUUUGUUCACGACAGAAACUGAAGGAAGAUAAUUACCUGUGUGACGAAUGGCUGGAAGUCUAUUCAGCAGGCCUGAUUUAAAUCGGGAGUGAAAAGCAUGGCAGAUGAGCAAGAGAUCAUGUGCAAACUCGAGAGCAUCAAGGAGAUCAGAAAUAAGACUUUGCAGAUGGAAAAAAUAAAGGCACGUCUAAAAGCAGAGUUUGAAGCCCUGGAGUCUGAGGAGAGGCACCUGAAAGAAUACAAACAAGAAAUGGACCUGCUGCUGCAAGAGAAGAUGGCGCAUGUGGAGGAGCUGCGUCUGAUCCACGCGGAUAUUAAUGUGAUGGAGAAUACUAUCAAGCAGUCUGAGAAUGAUCUCAAUAAACUCUUGGAAUCUACUCGUCGCCUGCAUGAGGAGUACAAACCCCUAAAGGAGCAUGUAGAUGCUCUGCGAAUGACACUGGGCUUGCAGAGGCUGCCAGACUUGUGUGAGGAAGAGGAGAAACUGUCCCUUGACUACUUUGAAAAGCAGAAAGCUGAAUGGCAGACAGAACCACAGGAGCCUCCCAUCCCAGAGUCUCUGGCUGCAGCUGCAGCAGCUGCCCAACAGCUGCAAGUGGCUAGGAAGCAAGAUACCAGACAGACAGCAACGUUUAGACAACAGCCACCUCCAAUGAAGGCCUGUUUAUCCUGUCACCAGCAAAUUCAUCGGAAUGCACCAAUAUGUCCACUCUGCAAGGCAAAAAGCCGAUCUCGGAAUCCCAAAAAGCCCAAAAGGAAACAGGAUGAAUGAAACGCAGAAAACUGCUGAGCGAAGUGUGACCUUUUCCAAUACCAUGCCGGUAGAACUGUAAAUGUGGCCAGACUUUACUGAAGUACAGACUCAAGUACGACCAACUCAUUGUUUUCUAUCAAUGCAAUGUAAGCACAAUGUUUCUGUUCUGUUUUGAUUUUGUUCUAGCCCUUAGGAUGUUUUAGGAAAAUAAGUAUUAAUGGUGCUACAGUUUAAUGUUUCAAUCAUUCCAUUUUUUGGAUUCCUAAGCAAUAUAGAAUUCUUAUGUGAAUAUCCUAGACAUCAGGCUAUGAUUGUUGGCCAAAUGCAAUUACUACAGAUACGUUCAUGUCCUGUUUUUCAUAGUCAUAGAAUGGCUUGGAUUGGAAGGCACUUAAAGGAUCAUGAAGCU